AUGGGAGGUCAGCCUGCGCUGGUGGCCCCAGAUGGCCCAACGCUGGCCUGGCUUAGAUUGGCGCGUCUUUGCUCUUGCCACGCCCCCUCUGCGCUAGGAUUGGCUCCGUACUGGGUGCCCGCCCACCAGCCGCCGGACAUGGCGUCUCAGCUCAGGCUCCGCUCCGCGCUGGCCCUGGUCACAGGCGCGGGUAGCGGAAUCGGCCGGGCCGUCAGUGUGCGCCUGGCCAGAGAGGGGGCCACUGUAGCCGCUUGCGACCUGGACAGGGCGGCGGCCUGCGAGACGGUGUGGCUGCUGGGCGGGCAGGGGAGCGAGGAGGUGGCGCCCGGCGGCACCCACGCCGCCUUCCAGGCUGACGUGUCUGAGGCCGGGUCAGUCAGGCGCCUGCUGGAACAAGUGCAGGCCUGCUUUUCUCGCCCGCCAUCUGUCGUCGUGUCCUGUGCGGGGAUCACCAGGGAUGAGGUUCUGCUCCGCAUGUCUGAGGAUGACUGGGACAAAGUCAUUGCUGUCAAUCUCAAGGUGGCGACCUCUGAACCUGUGGCUUCUAGCUCCUCCAGCCUGGGGGAGGGAGCUGGAAGAAGACUGUCACUCCAGCUGCCUUGUUACUCUCCUCACCAGGGCAUCUUUCUAGUCACUCAGGCUGCAGCCCAAGCCCUGGUGUCCAGUGGUUGCCAUGGGUCCAUCAUCAACAUCAGUAGCAUCGUAGGGAAGGUGGGGAACAUGGGACAGACAAACUACGCAGCAUCCAAGGCCGGAGUGAUUGGGCUGACCCAGACUGCAGCUCGGGAGCUUGGACGACAUGGGAUCCGCUGUAACUCUGUCCUCCCAGGGUUCAUUACAACACCCAUGACACAGAAAGUGCCACAGAAAGUGCUGGACAAGGUGAUUGGAAUAAUCCCGGUGGGACAUAUGGGGGAUCCUGAGGAUGUGGCAGAUGUGGUCGCAUUCUUGGCAUCUGAAGACAGUGGAUACAUCACAGGGGCCUCAGUGGAAGUCACUGGAGGUCUUUUCAUGUAACUGCCUCACGGACCCUGGACUCUGCUUACUCCCCCACCACUCUACCCGGCCUCCUGCUGAUGAGGACUCUGAGUUCCCAGGCUACAAAAGGGGUGGCAGUGUAUGGCUCUGAAAUGCUGAAUAUGGGAGGCAGGGGUGCUUGUGACCCUAAUAAAUUCCAAAUCCUCUUCCCUGCCA